AAGGCAACAAGUUAAAAAAAAUCAUUUUUAUUCCAAAAAUUUAUAGGAAUAACACAUAAAUCUGUCAAUUUUGGUGUGGUAACUGUAGCCACUUCCAUGAUUUUUUUUAAAUUAAAAAUGUGUUUUCUUGGUCAAUAGUCUCAAAUAACCAUUCAUUUUAGCAUUUUAAAGCUUGCUACAGUUUUAUUGAUUAUUUUCCCACUGCUGACCUUGACAUAACCUCAAUAUUUGGCAAAAUGUACAACAAAUUGAGCGAUUCGUUCAAGAAAAAACGCAUUCAUAACUACGAGGAUGAGCCCCCUGAAAAGAAAUUGGUUUCAGACGCCGACAUUUACAUAAAAAAACUAUCCGAAAAACAGCUAAACACUUCAAUUAAUUUGGAAGAACAACUUUCGUUGAAAAAUUCGUUUUGUCGAUCAACGGAAUUGGUGUCUUUGACGAAUUAUGCCUCUGGGUCCAAGUCUUUGCAAGAAUUUAGUUCUCUAGUGGGAGAUUUAAAAAAUUUGGAAGAAUUCAAGUCGCAAGGUUUGAAUAAUGACGAAAUUGAGUUAUUUAAGUGUUACAAAAGUGGUAAUUUGGAAACUAGACACAAAAAUAUCAAUCGAGAUGUUGUAAAAACACAACUUGAAGGAAUUUUUCACAAACUAAAUGAGACUAGAAAUGAGGAGGAGGAGCAAACGAAAAAUUGUGUUGGUCGCCUCGAAACCGAACUACUUUUAUCAACAAAACCCACAAGUGUUGAAACUAAAUUGUUAAAAUUCGCGCUUGAAAAUGAUCAUCGAAAAAGUACGCAUGGGGGCCCCAUGGACCAACUCAAAAAUGUGGAACAACAAUUAAUCAACGAUUCAUCUCCGAUUAAUAUUAAAAAAAUUCGAAAAAAAGCCAGACGUUUGGCCAAACAAAUCAACUCAUCGGUGAAUCCCCCAAACGAACCAAUCAUACAAAACCAAAGUCUUCACACUAAAUGGGAUUCGAAAAUAAGUGUUACCACCCCACCACAAAAAGAACCAAAAACGUACACUUGUAAAUCACAGAAUUAUUACACCAUCAAAGACGGUGAAAUUAUUCAAAUAAAUCACACACCUGAGAAAAAAUUAUCGAUUGAAGAAAUUCGAAAAAUACCAAAAUUUCAAAACUACGAUAAAGGAACGCCGUGUAGUGUUUUAUUUUUAAAAAACUUAGCGAAUGGUGUUGCUCAAAGUGACCUUGAGCGAGUUUUCCAAAAAUUUACAAAGGAAAUUUUAUCAAUUCGAGUCAUGACUGGACGAAUGCAAGGACAAGUUUUUAUUGAAAUGACAGAUGAAAAAACAGCUGGACAUAUAAUUGAUCAAUACAAUGGACUUGUUAUAAAAAAUAAGCCAAUUAUUAUACAAUUUGGCCGAAAAAAACCCAAAUAAACUGAGAAUUAUCAGUAGAUAAGUCGAGUCUAUGAGAAAGACAGAAACACUCACCGACGAACUCUUUCCCACUUUUUGUGGUAAAAAACCAGGGUGGCCAUUCGGCGUUGUUACAAACGGACUUGUUU